CUUUCUUACCAUGAAUUUCUCUUUCUGAAUUAUUUAAAAUAGUAUGAAUUCUUUGUAGAUAUUGAUCUUAAAACAGAAUUGCAAGAAUGUUUAAUUUUAUUUCCUAAGAUGUUCCGAAUCUGAACUUUAACUUGCAAAGUGUUAUCACCAAUUGCAUCACACCUUUAAAAUAUCAAAAUAUUGCUAUUUAUUUUAUUAAAUUAUCAACUUAGUUUGGAGAAUCAAUUUUGCAUAAUUGUCAAAUUUUCGCUUGAGUGGAUUGCAAAUUCAGAAUAAGAUGAGAUGAA